AUGGCGCCCAUCCCCGAGGUGCGGGUCGCGCUUCCUGGCGACGUUGUCCGGCGGUCUCCAAAGCGACCGGCGGAAGUGUUUGAAAGCCUGGUCCGAUUUCUGGACAUGAAAACAGAGGAGAUGGGAAAAGUGGGCAAGAGCGCCUUGAGCAUCUUCAGCUCUCGCGUGGCGGAGCCGGGCUCGGACUCGAAAUGGCUCGAGGCGGAGCUGAUGCUCGAGUUCGUCGUCUUCCGGGUGGUCAUGAACGUCUUCGAGGACAGCGAUGGCGGCACCCGGAUCUCCUUCAGGGACCUCCUGGCACAGGAUGCUCUGAGAUUCAACAAGCUCGUUCACCUCAUCGAGCAGGGGGCCUUGGCAGCCGGGGAGAAGCUGACACCGCAGCAGCUCGACGCAGUCGACUUUGAAGAGGAGGAGCCCUUGCUGGAGCCUGCAGAGCAGACGCUUGAAGCGGUGCUUACACUGAUGACGUCUUCUCUGGAAUCGCAAAAGUCUGCCCCAGAUGCAGCACAGAUCUUGGCUUUCUGGGCGCACGACAGCCCACGAACCAGAGCCAAGAUCGCCCGAGCAGCCGCGCAGCAGAACGUUGUCCAAGCUCUGAGACAGAGCAAGACAGUCCUUCCGCAAACGUAUCCCUUGCUCGCAGCAUUGCAACAGAGCACAUGCAUCACACCAGAAGAGUUCGCGGCUUUAAAGCCGGCUGCCAUGGAUGCCACACCACUGGCUGGCCUUGCGGGUAUCACUCGCGCGAAGCUCGGAGACCCGUACAGCUGCGAGUCCGAGGAUCUCCCGAAAGCGCCAAGUGACGACGGCACGGGCACGGAGGGCACUGAGGGCACGGAGGGCACUGAGGGCACGGCAACUGUGUCACCAAGCUCUUCGCAAAGCUGCACUCUUUCACAAAACCGGCGAUCUUGCAGUGACGUUCUGUCCAGCGACUAA